UGGUGAUGCUGCCCUUCUUCUGGUUCAUGGACGAGUCGCCUCGCUGGCUGGCCGUGAGAGGAGACCACGACCGAGCUGUGAAGAUCCUGCAGAAGGCCGGGAAGUGGAACAAGGUGCCUCUCCCUCCUGAAGAUGAGGUCAAGGCGCUCAUGCGGCAAGAACUUCCUCCAACGAAAGCUAAAUGUGAAGAUAGAAGUAUGAAGACAGUAGUGACAUCUUUCUUCCAAAACGCUGCCAUUCUCUUCAGGACCCCGAAGCUCCGCCUCAUCACGAGCGUCAUGUACCUGGACUACCUGGUGCUGGCCAUGGUGUACUACGGCCUCUCCCUCAGCGGCGGGAACCUCAGCAGCGACCCCUUCGUGUACAUGGUGCUCUCGGGCCUCAUGGAGAUCCCCGCGUACACCGGAGCCUACCCCUUGGUGGCGAAGUUCGGCCGAAGGAUUCCCACGGUGAUGUGCUGCUUCGUGAGCGGGGCGGCGCUGCUCGUGCUCACCGGGGUGCCGAAGGGCUACUCCACCGUGAUCGUGACCCUCGCUCUGGUGGGCAAGAUGUCCAUCACAGCUGCCUAUCAGGUCGCCAUCUUCUACUCCUCCGAGCUCUUCCCGACGGAGGUGCGGAGUCGAGGAGUGGGACGUUUUCAUGCUCUCCAGGGUUGGCUCAUGGCGCGCCCUUCAUUACUGAUUUCUUGGGAUCCGCCUACCCCGCGUCACCGUCCAUAGUGUUCGGUGUGGCAUCCCUGUUGGCUGGCACGGCGACGCUGGCCCUCCCGGAGACUCUCGGCGUGGCACUGCCUGACACCAUCGCGCACCUGGAGGGAGGAACAUCGGUGCCACGACAGUUGCUGCAAAUGGAUGCGAGGACCAAGUGAAAAGGAAGAACAACAGGCAGCAAAAUUAUGUUCAGAAAAGUAAGAGGCAAAAAUAUGAUAGGAAACGAACACCCAUAUUUCAUUAUCAAGAGAAAGGAAUAAUUGUACGAAUUUGAAUCAUGUGCUUCCAAAUGCAUUGUUGAACAUACAUAUAUACAUAAUGAUGUAUCUAUACACAAACACAUCCGUACUCAUCUUGACUGCGUAUAUUCAUGUGUAUGUGUAGGUAAAUAAGUCACUGGGAAGAAAUUGAUAUACAGAUAAUUCCGUGUAAUUUUAUACACAUGCCUUUAUGAAUUACAAAUACACAAACGCGCAUACAUGAACACACACACACACA